UCUAAUGUAGUUAAGUUAUUCGUGAGUGAGCGAGUCUCCCGUAACCAUUACGCAAUUUAUUUACAUUUUAACCGGUAGUCUUCUAGAAAGACACAAUGGUCAACUGGGGAAUGAUUGGGGCCAUCAUAUCGCCCAAUGUUGGCGGUUGGCUUGGCGCUCUAACAAUGAGCGGCAAGGUGAAACAGCCUGAUGGUAAAGCGUGGUACCAAACGCUGAACAAACCUUCUUGGACUCCACCCUCCUGGCUGUUUGGACCUGCAUGGACAGCACUAUACAGCGGCAUGGGUUAUGCUUCGUACCUCGUUUAUACAGAGUGUGGUGGUUUAACAGAUGACGCUGUUCUUCCACUGUCGUUGUAUGCUGGUCAGCUGCUGCUCAACUGGACUUGGACCCCUAUUUUCUUCGGAAAACAAAAAAUUGGAUUGGGUUUCGCCCACAUGCUAGCACUGGACGCGGCAGCAGUGGCUUGUACCUACAGCUUCUACAACGUCGACCCGACCACCGCCUACUUCAUGGUGCCUUACCUCGGCUGGCUGUCCUUCGCGACCUGCCUCAACUACUCAAUAUGGCAGCGCAACAAGCCCAAGCCUAAGAUUUAAAUUAAACAUUACACCAGCUUAAUUAUUCAAAGAAAAUGUAUUGAAACAGUUGAUUUAAAAGUGAAUGAUAAAGCAUUUAUCAUAAUCAUAGUAUUAUGGAAGUCGACUAUCCCAGUAUUUUAUGUACCGGUCUCGCAAAAAGCACUUCUGAGUACAAAUAAGCAGUAACUAGUUUAAUUCAUUUAUUCAUUGAAAUAAAUAGCCAUCACAAUCAUGUUUCAAAACUUCACCACAUAUGCCAAAUAUACCUCAAUUGUAGCAAGUACCGUAAUCAAAUAAAAUGACAUUUAUGUUUAGUAUUGUACAUUUAUAUUGCGUAAUUCAAUAAAUAUACACUAAGGAUUUAAGUAUUA